CCCACUGCCUGUCACCAACAGAGCCAUGCGCUAGAUCUGUAGUAGGCUACUUAUGAUUUCAGCGGCUCCUGACUGAAUAAGGAAAUGCCUUGAGAAAAGCAACAAGUACGAACAAGUGAACAUAUCAUGAAGGCGCACACGCUACCUUCGGGGUCUCAUACGUAGUCUGACGACAGAGUUUACGUGCCAUCAAAACAGAAAACAUCCGUGAUCAUGACAAGCGUUUGCGGGUGACUUGGAAGAGAAUUUACAAAAUAAGCUCGCCGGAGUGUCUGGAUUUUCUUAUCGGUUUCGAAAUGGGGAAAAGAAGAGAAGCUGAUGAUUUCAGCUAUGUCAGCCCUGUUGUGAAAUACGUCCUUUUUCUUUUCAACAUGAUAUUCUGGGUGAUUUCACUGAUACUGGUGUCGAUUGGCGUUUAUGCUCGAAUGACGAAACAUGCUGAGGCUGCCAUGGCCUGUUUAACAGUGGACCCUGCCAUCCUGCUGAUGAUUGUGGGCACACUCAUGUUCCUCAUCACCUUCUGUGGCUGCAUCGGCUCCCUCAGGGAGAACAUCUGCCUUCUGCAAACAUUUUGCAUUUGUCUCACUGUGAUCUUCCUACUGCAGCUGACUGCUGGCAUUCUGGGGUUUGUGUUCUCUGAUAAGGCACGGGGCAAAGUGAAUGAGGUCAUAAACAGAUCCAUCAUCCAUUACAGGGAUGAUCUGGAUUUACAAAAUCUCAUCGACUUUGGGCAGAGAGAGUUUAGUUGCUGUGGAGGUGUUUCCUACAAAGACUGGUCUCAGAACAUGUACUUCAACUGCACUGAUGAGCGUAGCCGAGAGAGCUGCGCUGUGCCUUUCUCUUGCUGUUUGCUGUCCAAACAGGAGACAGUUAUUAAUACCCUGUGUGGCUAUGGGAUGCAGAAGCUCAAUACUGUUGAGGCAGGGAAUUUCAUCCACACGAGCGGCUGCAUAGACAAGCUGGUGAACUGGCUCCACAGCAACCUGUACCUUCUCGGAGGCGUAGCCCUGGGUUUGGCAGUCCCUCAGCUUGUAGGACUCUUCUUGUCACAGAAUCUCAUCCAGCAGAUCAAGGAUCAGAUACAGCUCCAGCAGUACAACCAGAAGCACCAGGUCGACCCAUGGUAAUGAUCUGACUGUUUCUGGGGGAUGGAUCCACCACCAGCACCAGGCCGACCCAUGGCAAUGACCUGACUCUUUCUGGGGGAUGGAUCCAGGUUCCAUGGAGUGAGGACCGUGGUCAAAGCCUCUGGGGUUAAUCUUCUACCCUUAUGGCUUAUAAAAUACUUCUGAUGCCAACAGGUGAGCAUUUGCACCCUAUGCUGCCAAUGGACGAAAGGAUGACCUAUAAAUAUUUUUGUUGGAGCUUCUGGACUUUUCCUGGCUGGGUCCACUUCUUUUAUACCUUUUUUUAUUAAAGGAAAAGUUUUAUAGAAGGAACUUGAUAAUCUUUCAACAUCAGCUGACAUCUGUACGGAUGACUUUAAAGAGCCGCUGCACCAGCCUGAGUACAACUCUGGAGCCAAAAGAUCACCAUCAGAUGGCAACCUGUUUCCCUGUGCCUUAGUACUGCAAUUUAAUAUGGUCUCACAACUUUGGAAAGAUUUUCAAAAAUUCUACUGAGGUCUGUGGACAGAAACACGGUUUUUCAAAAGCAAGGAUCUUUCUAUAUGAACAUCUGCACAUAAUUCCAAAUAGAAUGCAACAUAGCUUAUUUUUUCUUCUGUGUGAUGAGUUAAAUCUGUCUGGUAAAGAGAUUUUUACAUGCACAUUAUGCAAGUAGGUUUGGGUAAAGGCUGCAUUGUUACAUACGAUCCUGUUAGCUCCCUGCAUGUUAUUUUGUAUCCAUUCAUAUUAAUGUCCCUAUAAUUGUGUUACAUGCACGUCACAUAUAGUUUGCGAAUGUACUCACUAAUUUAUUGAUUAUUAACUUUUUGAAAACUGAAAUAACAUUUUGUCCAUGUUCAAUAAACAUAUUUUACCGUUUUGUUAAAAACUUCAUUUAAAUCUUCCGUCAAUGUAAUACCCUUAAAAAUUGUUUCUAAAAUAUCCUCUCAAACUAAAACGGUGUCUUCUGACACUGAAGAAGAACAUUAUCAGUGCACACUGUACUCCUGUGCCACUGUGAAGAUUAUUAGUUUUAUUCAAUCUUACGUUGUAUCCAUGAGUCACAUAUCAGCUCUAUGAACUAUAAAACUGAGGGAUCUCACAUAGGAGCAUCUCUCUAUUCGUCUUCCUGUUGUUGCUAAAGGACUGUAAUCUUUGACAAUCUGGUCUUGAGAUAGCACAAAAAUGUCAUGUUUAUUCUGUGUGAGCCAGCAGGAGGGUAUUGCAUGAAAAGGUUGACCAGUGGUGUAGAUCAUUUUGUGUUUUAACCACAGCCCAGCGCCAUUGUUAUGUAAACUGAGCAGUAAUUCAGUAAUGAAAUAAUUGAGGACUUUCUUUUAAAAAUGUAUAAGCAGUAUGAUACGGUUUUCCAUCCAGCUAGCCCUCAUCUGAUAUUUGUGUGUGACCUUGUGUUUCCGAUCCACUGACUGCAUUGUUCUGUGUGCAGCAGCCCCCAUCGUACUCUUGUAUUUUCAUUUCAGGUUUCAUUUCAAUGUAGUCCCAGCUAGAUUUUUCACUUUGUGUAUUUGAUGUUCGUUUACUUAAUUAUCACUGUGAUCCUAAAAGACUGAAAAGAUGGCACAGAAUAAAGAAGCCUACACUGAGAUUUACACUUUAUUUACCUAUUUUAUAUGACCAUUUUGAUGUGGAAAAGUGAGUUGCGUUUCCUUCAAAGUGAUAUGAUACAGAAAAUUGAUUAUUUUAGCCUCCACAGCCUAUUUUGUCAUGUGCGGAUCCAUAAUGUCAAUGAAAUGCAACCACGUGUAAACAACCUCUCUGACACAACUCCUUUUUAUUUGAUAGUAUAUAUUUCCAAUAAAUGAAAAUUGUCAUUUA